AUGGUUCUAACCAAUAACGGUGUCGAGAGCCGUAAAGAACAGGACACGAAGCCCGUCUUUCACAUCUGGAAUUUGUCUCCACGGUUCAAGGACAACGUUCUAGCGGCGCGGGAUAGUCAAGCGGCGGUGACCGCUAGCAGUUCCGGAAUCAGAUCACGUGACCGUGACACAACUGUCGGCACAAGGUAUACGAUUAUCUAA